GCCGCUUUAGCGAUGGUAGGGCUAAUGUAUGUGUUAAAAGAAAAUAGAAGAAAACGAAAAAAACGUGAAUUGUGGUGUAAACACUGGCUUCUGUUGAGAAAAUCGUAUUCACACACAUCCUUGAUAAAUGAAUUGAGAAUUACUCCAAAAGAUUUCAAUAAUUAUUUGAGAAUGAAUGAAGAUACAUAUUUGCAUCUGCUUUCAUUAGUGACACCAUUAAUAAAAAGGCAAGACACCAUAUUGAGAAAUGCUAUAACACCUCAUGAAAGAUUAACGGCAACUUUAAGAUUUUUAGCUACAAGGACCUCUUAUGAAUGUUUAAAAUUUUCUACAAUAAUAUCGCCACAAGCACUUUCCGCCAUCAUACCAGAAACCUGUGAAGCAAUUUAUAAGGUUUUACACAAGGACUACUUAAAGUUUCCACAAAGUUGCAGUGAAUGGAAAGCAAUUAGUGCAUUAUUUGAAGAAAGAUGGAACUUUCCAAAUCUACUUGGCGCAAUAGAUGCUUAACAUAUUGCUAUUACUCCACCUAAAGGAUGUGGAUCGGAAUUUUACAAUUAUAAAACACACCACAGCAUGGUACUUAUGGCUAUUGUUGACGCUCAAUAUCAGUUUUUAUUAUGUGAUUUCGGUACAAACGGGCGAGUUUCAGAUGGAGGCGUAUUACAAAAUACGAAAUUUUUUGAAAUGCUCCGAAACAACCAAUUGGAAAUUCCAAGCGAAGAAGCAGUAAGAAAUACUCAGAGACGUUUGCCAUACGUUUUUGUUUCUGAUGACCUCCGUUGAGACCUGAUGAUAAAACCUUUCAGACAAGCAGAAUUGACUUCAACAGAUAAAAAAAUCUAUAAUUAUCGUGUUUCGCGCGUACGACGAAUUGUGGAAAAUGCCUUUGGCAUUCUGGCUUCACGUUUCAGAAUCUUCCAUACGGCUAUAAAUUUACAUCCAAAUAAAAUUGAGUCCGUCGUUAUGGCAUGUUGUGCAUUACAUAAUUAUCUAAUUAGAAAACUGCCAAAUUUUUAUACAAAUCCAGAUUGCUUUGAUCGAGAAGACUAUGAUACCGGAACCAUCAUACCAGGAUGUACAAUAGAUAUUUCGACUAUGGAACCUUUAGAAAGAAGAAAUGAGUGAAACAUAAGUCGGACACCCAAAAUGAUAAGAGAAGAAUUUAUGAACUAUUUUAACAAUGAAGGUCAGGUCCCUUGGCAAAAUAAUUUUAUUUGAUUUAACCCCUCAGGAUUGGCAGAUUUUUUUCAAAAAAAAUAAUCGUCAGCACUAUCGCUAGACAGAUAAUGACGCGAUGAUGACGUCGGCAAUACCGCGUUGUCUAUAAUUUAUAAUUACUUUACAACCAAACCAUAUUUUUUUAUUCUGUAAACGGCAAUGUACUUAUUGAUUUAUUUCCUAA